AGGACGGCUGUGACUUUCACCAGACAGUUUCAGUGCCUGUUUUGUGUGUGACGCCGAGUGAAGUUGCCUUAUGCUGAAGAAUUGGUGUACACCCCAGUCUAUUUGUAUCGUUCGACAUCUACUCAUAGGAUUAUUUAUGUUUUGCAAGGCCGGAGAUAGAGAGUGCUGAUUUAUUUGGAAGUUCUUGUGUCAGUGGAGGUGAAUAUUGUGCUAGUUACAUUACUGUAGUUUUGUGAUUACGUAACUAAAUUGUUCACAACAGAUGCAGUACAGGUGCCUCGGCUGCGUAACAUGGAUGCCUUGACGCAGGAUAUAUUGGUUCAUUGGCUCUAUAUUAGAGCACUUGGACAUGAUUUUACGGAGCUAGCCUGCAUGAGCAUCUAGUUGCCUGUUUAGAAAAGAACCUUCCAGAGCUUUUUAAAAUAAAUCGCAAUAAGGUCGGCAGAUGGUCAUAUCAAAGAAUAAAUGAAACUGCAUUUUGUGUUCAAGUAUUGCAAAUGGAAGUGAGCAAACAUUUCGACAGAAAAUUAAGUGAAAAGUGAUGUGGCAGUGAUCUGUUGGCGGUUUGUGAACUGUAUUACAGUAGUGCUUGCUGGAGCAAAAAGAAGCAUGAAUUAGGUAGGUAGCAAAAGAGAAGACAAGUGACUUUAACGCAGUGAAUUUGUGUCCGAUAAAUACCACUGUGACGUGACUGUAUUCGUUAGCUCUACUGCUUUGCUUUACUGAAGUUUCUGGCUCUUACUGUGAUCUGGAGACAGACUGUCUUGAGGUAUUUGGAAUUUUCCUCGAGUCUCGUUCUAGUGACCUGGUACUGAGCCAUGGAGUUUUGGCACUUAUCUCGGAAUAAUGAGUGACGCGAGUAUGAAAACUGAUGUGCGGUGAAUGAGUUUGGUCGAAGUCGUGGCGAUAGUUUCGUCGCAAUGUUUGAGAGUUGUCAUCACAGUGCUGACUCGGACGGCAGCUCCACCAGUCCACGUUGUGCAGACGUUGCCGAGAAAUUAGCCCAGCUCUUUGGCUGGCGACAGACUUACAAAGUGGAGAAACUGCAGAGGUCUUUAGCCGACUCCGUUGCCCGAAGGAACCUUCUGCAGCAGGAGCAGCAGCAGCUGCGGAUCCAGCUUGCUGCAGAGAGUGUCAGAGAGUCAACAGAUUCUUGGGUUGUUGUGCACAACUUGCAAUCGCAAUCUGAUGGAGGAAUUCUUGAUCCUGAUGAUCGUCUCAAUGAUGUGGCAGAUGACCGUGAGCAGAUUAUUGCAAACUUUGAGGAUGGUGAUGGUCAGCAUCAUGGAGGGGGAGAUGGUGCUAGUGGGAGCUCUGUGGGCACAGGCAGCCCUGACAUCUUCCAGAGUGAAAAUACAAAAUUCCAACCAUUCUCUCGGACUGAUAUUGAGGUGACAGGAGAGCAGAUUGCAUCGGGUUUGAUAGCAGCACCACUUCAGGUUCGAAGAGGGAGUGAACCUGCCCUGAACCAGCUGGUACCAGCUGCAGCAGGUGGCACUAACUCUGCUGCUGUUACUGGUGGUGCCAGUUCAGGAAAUGGUUCUUCUGCUGCCUCCAGUGCAACAGAUCCAUCCAAAAGGUGGUCAGCCACCCCAAUAGUAGUGGAUGAUGUAGAUGAAGUGAAGGAGAAAAAAUCCUGUCAACAGAAGGAGGCUAGUCACAGUGGAAGGCUUGGGAAUGGGUACCUUUCUCCUGAUUGGUCAUGCCUGGAGAAAGUCAGUGAUGAAGAUAAACUUGCUUGCUCAGCAUUCACUCGAUUUGUGCGGGAUGGCUCAAACCGUCUGUCAAUGCAGUUCCUUGGUGACAGUGCAGGAGGGUUCAGGUGGGCAGAUGCAGCAGAGAGAAUGGCCAUCAUAUCAGGUCCUGCUUAUAGAGCGCAGUCAAAAUCUCUGCCAAGAGAUCAUCGGAGAAAAGAACCACUGGGGCAAGCAAAUUGUACAAGCCCCAUCCUUCCUACAACACAUCACCACAGUCAAAGUCACGUUCAUGAUUCAGAUAUAGAAGAUGACCUAAAUUGUGAAAGUGUGGAGUAUGUAGUCAUGCACAAUGAGAAUGGGCCAUUGGGUAUUCAUGUGGUGCCAGAUUAUGAUCGCCUGGGUAAAGAUCGUGGACUAUUGGUCCAGGGUAUUGAACCAGGUGGACGGAUAGACCGUGAUGGUCGGUUAGCAGUAUAUGAUCGAAUUAUUGAGAUCAAUGGCCAAAACUUGCUCAACAUGCCCUUUCAGAGGGUCCAGGAAAUCUUCAAAGGUUCCCUUCGUUGCCCAGAGCUUCAGCUAAGGGUGAUCAAGCACCACAGUAGUGCCAUGGAUCAUAACUUCAAGAAGCCACCCCCUCCUGUCUUCCCCCGCUCGAUCAGGGGGCAUGAUGACAGAGAGAACAUCGCUAUGGUUGAAGGGGAGGAGCGACCAGAGAAUAUGAGGACAAAGAUAGCAACUGUGUCCCCAACUAAGAAGGUCUCGCCUGCACCCCGUAAUGCAGCAACCAGCUUGCAGACUGCCAACACAAGAAAAAUUGGUCGCAAAAUUGAACUGGAGCUAACCAAAGGGGUAUAUGGUCUAGGCUUUAGCAUUACGACAAGGGACAAUCCUGCAGGAGGCAACUGCCCUAUAUACAUCAAGAAUAUUCUGCCAAAAGGAGCAGCAGUUGAGGAUGGAAGGCUGAAACCUGGAGACAGGCUGCUGGAGGUGAAUGGAGUUGAGAUGACUGGCAAGACUCAGUCAGAAGCUGUUUCAGUUUUGCGUAAUGCUCCACAAGGCAGCAAGGUGUCCAUUGUUGUGUCCCGUCAGGAAGAUUCCAGCACAAGUCCUAGAUUACCCCGACAAAUUGAUGCUCCUGAACCGAUGGCUAAUGACAAUGGCUUCCCUCCAGGAUCAUUUCAACAGGACAGUGGAUUUCAAGAAAACUUGGUCUCAAGAACAACUUCUCAUAUCCAUGAGCCACCAGAGAAAGUGCAUGAUGAUGGAUUGGUAUUUCCAUGGAAGCAUCGAGAAAUUCUCACAUUUGACAUUCCAGUCCAUGAUACUGAAAAGGCUGGUCUUGGAGUGAGUGUCAAAGGUAAAACAUCUGCAAGUCAUGGUGUGAAUCAUAGUAAUGAAAGCAGUGGUUCAUCAUCGGUAGACUUAGGGAUCUUCGUGAAGAGUGUCCUGCAUGGAGGUGCAGCCUCAAGAGAUGGUCGUCUUCAAACAAAUGACCAACUUCUCAAUGUGAAUGGCAUUUCACUUCUUGCACAGUCCAACUCUGAUGCCAUGGAAACAUUAAGGAGAGCCAUGCUACACACAGAAGGGCCCAUACCUGGUGUGAUAUCCUUAACAAUAGCCAGAAGAGUUUUAUCCCCUGGACCUCACAGCCUCAGCAAUGGCCACCAACAUUCUCAGUCAGGUCGAGAUUCUGUAUCCAGCCUACUGACAAGUUCCUCAGGGACAGAGACUUUUGCUUGCAGUGGAGGUAAUAAGUCAGAAAAUGAAGCCUACACCCCAGACAACUCAGGUACAAGUGAAAAUUCUGAUAAUACAGUGAUCUUUUUACCCUAUAAGGAUGAAACUGAUCAUUCCAGAGAAAGCAGCCACCUUAGUGCCAAAUCUCCUGAUAAGAGUGCUGAUAAUACAGAGAGUGUUUCAUCAAGAAAUCCUGUUAUUGAUCGUCUGACAGGGCAGGUAACAAACCAGAACCUAAACCCUAUGAGAAAUGAAAGCUACUACCGAGCAACUCAUGAAACAUGGAACACUACAAUGCUGCUCAGUGGUGGGGCAGCUGACAACCUGACCAGCCCGACAGUGAAUCUGCCAUCAGGGGAAAUGAUACUGAUUGAAGAAGAGUACACACCACAUAACUUACCUGCAGCCUCUCAGGCCCACCGGAUUGGCAAGUCUUUACCGGAGGACACAGUGCCAUGUCGAACAGGUGAGGUAGAGAAAGGUGGAAGGGCUGGUCUGACAGGAACAUCAUCAACAAGUGGUGGUCCUGCAUCUGAUCAGAGCAGUGACACACACACAGCAGACAUAACCUAUGCAAGCCAACUAUCUCUGGAGGAAGCAGCUGGUUUCACAAGGGAUGCAUUUGGACGGCAAAGUAUGUCAGAAAAACGCCAUGCUACCUUGGAUGCCAAACACACUGAUACAUACCAGCGCAACAAGAAACUUAGAGAAGAGCGAGAGAGACAGCGACACAUGCAGCUCCAGCAGCAGCAAUUUAAUGACCAAAAGAGGACAGAAUCACAGAUUAAGGAUGGAGUGAAACCAAACCAGGAAAUAAUAGCAUCCAGUAUGAUUCGAGCCAACUCAGUAGAAUCUAUAAUUAGUGUAACUCGAUCACAAGCUGACUCAGAAAGAUUGGAUAUUCAGGUAAAGAAUGAAUUUGGGCCAUCGCUAGGGAUGAAAAAAUCAUCAAGUUUGGAGUCUUUACAGACAAUGGUGCAAGAAAUUCAGAUGCAGGAAGAGUCUGAUCCAGCAUAUACUUACCGAAAUGCUCAGGGCGCAGUCAGGGUGAUUCGAGGUCGAGGCUGCAAUGAGAGUUUCAGAGCUGCUGUGGAUCGUAGCUAUGAAGCACCUCUUUCAGAUCUGCGCUCAAGAAUUGAGAUGGAAACUCAAAAAAAUAUAAGACAAGAGCUGCAGGUUUGGCAUCUUGAACCCAAACAUCGGUUCUUCCCCCACACAGUUGCAGAGGAAGAUGGGCCCCAAGCACUGAGCAUGCCUAUAGACUGUGGGCCAAGAAUGGGUCCCAGUGCCUUUGGGUCAGUUCGAGGUGGACCCAGACAGUCAUCACUGAAUGCAGUUUUGGACAGCAAGAACAAACCAGGCAAGAAGAAGCCUGGGAUCUUCAGGGGUAUUGGGUCCAUGUUCAGGUUUGGUAAGCAUCGCAAAACUCUGGAUGUUCCCCUACAGCUUGCUCUGCGGGCAGAGCAGGAAGGAGUUGAAGGGGGUGAAGGGCUGUGUGGUGGGGAGGAGGAGAGGGAAGCGGCACGCAGAGCUGCACAAGAGGAACAGCAGAGGAUACAGGAACAAUACCGUCGACUGAUGCAGCGGCAGAGGCAGUUGGAGAAUCAGGUUUGCAACAGCCUUCAAGAGCAUGUUGGCAUCAAUGCAAGUACUGAGUCUGGGGGUCCUCUGCCUGUUGGAAUCCAUCAUUCCAACCACUGUCGUGAGGGCUCGACAUCCUCAGCAUCAAGCCAAGUUGGUGCAGUGCCAGGCGGAGCAAGUGGCCAGUCUCGCACAGAGCGUAUUCAUCAGUUACGGGCUCAGCAUCAACGCCGACAUGCUGAGAGGAGGGGUCAAUAUCCCUUGGAUGACAGAGAGGAAAGAUACGAACAAGUUAUUCGACAGCGGUUGGAACAGCCACAAUUUUCAAAUACCCAACAACAGGCACACGUGCGGUCAGCAAGCUAUGAUUUGUAUGGUGAAAUGACUCGUCCUGGUAGCCGUGUUGGCAUUACUGAUCCAGCACGCUUCAGUCAUUAUGUAAAUUAUGAAGAGAUUCAGCAGCAUCUCAACAAACGCAAAGAACAGCUCUCUGAGAUUCAGAUAAUGCAAAUGAGGCUCCAAGUUCAGCAUCAGAGAUUUAAAGUUGAAGAAGAAAGUCGCAGACAACAGCAUUACCAUUCACAGCGUCGUGAUAACCGUGAGCCACAUCAGAGACCAGUCUCAAAUUUCUAUGAGUAUGAAAGUGUACAAAGUGUGAUGCGAUCCAGUCAGCACCAUGAUGAAGCUUUGAGGUCAAAUCAACUUCGGAAUGAAGCCAUGAGAUCCAGUCAGCAUCAAGGGGAAGUUGUGAGGUCAAAUCAGCUUCAGAGCGAAGCUAUGAAGUCCAUUCAGCAUCGAGAUGAGGCCAUGAAAUCCACCAGGCAGCACAGAGAGGAGGCCAUGAGGUCCAAAGAGCAUCAAGAUGAAGGUAUGAAGUCUUCCCAGCAUCAAGAAGAGAGCCAAAAGCCUAACCAAAAUAGAAAUGAUGCCUUGAGAGCAAGUCAGCACCAACAUGGAACCACCAUCGCUGUUGACAACAACUCCAACAGCUCCUUACAACGACGAAUGCAGUUGCAGGAAAACAGAGGAAUAAACAACAAAAAUAACAAUGGUGUAAACAUCUAUCAGCACCCAUUCCGAUCUUCCACAUGCUCAAAACAUGAAUCCGGUAGCAGCACCCACAUAGUUAAUAUAAAUGAUAGCAAUCAUCACAUGCGAACUUCACAUACGCAUGACAUAGAUCAGCGGAACAAUCGUAGUGGCAGUAAUAGUGGUAUGAACAGUUUGCCUGCAGUUCCUCUUGUACAUAAUGUUGGCCAGUCAAAUCACCACACUCAUGGUAACAGAGGUGUUAGCAUUGUGGGUUCUAAAGUCAAUAAUAUCACAGGACGGACACAAGGACCAUUCGUUACUCAUGUCACAAUUGGUCAACAGAUGACCCAGAUUCAGCCAUCAGGAUCAAAAGUGUAGUGUUUAUAUGAAAGGAUUUUAGUUUCAAGAAAUGCAGAUGAGGGCAUAAAAAUGUUAAUGUCUGAUGUGAACUGAUAUGAAAUAUGAUACUGCUGUGUCAUUUGAUCUUUUAAAAGUACCUGUAAAAAUGUUCAUAGUGGCCAUAGGAUCUUAAAACCAUUUAAAUUAGAUGGAUAUUAUUAAAUUUAUAUAGAAUAUGAGACAUGUAUUUAAAUUUGCCAUUCCUGUGCCAGUGAUGUAUAUAUAUAUAUAAGAUUCAACACACAAAAAGAUAUUUGUGGCAGGAAGAAUAUUAGAAAAGUAAAAUAAGACAUCACAACUUGAGUAUCAAAACAGUUAACUUUUAUAUGAGUUUUUAUUAUAAAUAAAGAUGUCUAAGAAUUGAAGGAAUAAAGAGAUAUAAGUUCUUACAGUCAUUAUGAAUGUGAGAUGUGACAUGCAAGGGUCUUCAUUCUAUUGUGUGUAUUAAAGAAAGUUUGCAACAACUCUUAUUUAUAAGAGUUCAGUGUUUAUACAGAUGAGUGCAACACAUUUACAUUUGUGUUUUUUAUAGUAGUAGUGGUGCCAACAGAGUAAGUGAAAGUGCAUUUGAAAUGGAUAUUUAACAUUUAAAAUGACAAUAACAAUUUGAUAUGAUUUUUACCAUUCAGUUUUAGUGGGACACUAUAAUAUUAAUUACAUUAAGAUGUUUUGUUUAUGAAACAAGUCUCAUUAUUAUACAGUUAUUCUCCUGUGUCUUUUUCAUGUAUAUAAAUUAUCAUAUCUGUAGAUUAA